AUGUUUUACAAAACACUGGCUCGAGCUCUGGUCCUUCCUUUCAUGUGCGCUGCCAUAGAAAUCCCCCAUAUUCGAUCCUACUUCUACACUGGCGGGCGCUACAUUCAAAGAAGCGAUGGCGAGCACACUAUGACAGACCAGAUAUAUGUGGAGCGUUUGACGCCUAUCUCCGGUCCUACACAACCUUAUCCGAUUGUUUUCAUCCACGGCGCCGAUCAGACUGCAACUAACUGGCUCAACAAGCCGGAUGGAGAACCUGGCUGGGCCUCUUUUUUCCUCUCUAAAGGCUAUGAAUGUUACCUACUUGACCAGGCUGCCCGAGGUCGGAGCCCAUUGCAGAUGGAGAGGGUAAUGAAACAAAAAAAGUUCAGCGCUGAGGCCUUGCAGCGGCUUUUCACAGCCACAGCACACCACAGCAUUUGGCCGCAAAGCACGACGCACACGCAGUGGCCCGGAAACGGCACCAUAGGAGAUCCAAUAUUCGAUGCCUACUAUGCAUCCACCGUCCCAUCGCUGGCGGACCAUGUUGUCCAGGAAACAAUGAUGCGAGCUGCCGGCGCUGCUCUCCUCAACGAUAUCAAUCGGCCAGCUAUCUUGAUCGCGCACUCUCAGGGUGGAUCUAUGGCCUGGCCAAUUGCAGAUGAAGCACCACAUCUCGUGCAUGCGAUUGUAGCUGUUGAACCAUCUGGCCCGCCUUUUCAAAAUCCGGACUUCUUUGUUGCGAAGCCUGCGCGUGCAUAUGGUCUGAGUGAUACUCCUCUGAAAUAUAUGCCAGCAGUUGAUGAUCCUGAACGUGAUAUUACUCGAGUGAUGUAUGGCUCUAGUGUGCCAGAUAGUUUAGACUGCAUCUUGCAGGCAGACAACCCUCCCCCGCGACAGCUGGUCAGUUUAUCACGCUUCCCAGUACUCUUCGUAACGGGGGAGUCGUCUUUCCAUGCGUCGUAUGACGGGUGUACAGUGCAAUAUAUGCGACAGGCAGGAAUGCAUGUGGAACAUUUGCAACUUCCCAGCGUCGAAAUCCGAGGAAAUGGGCACAUGAUGUUCCUGGAGAAGAAUAGUGACCAGAUAGCUAGCGAGAUAUCUCGAUGGAUUGAAGGAACCUUCCAGCAAACUGGGAAUAACUUCAUAUAUCCUGGAGUAUCGGCGCAACAAAACUUUCGAUGA